CGGCGGGUGAUUGGCUGAGCGCAAGGUCUUGCCAGGGGUCGGCCGGGCGGCUGUGGCUGGCCUGGCAGAACACGUCCACCGCCCGGCGCAGCCACACGCGUUUUCCUUGUCUUGUUGUAAGGUAGACAGGUGUGGGCGGCAUGGGUAGUGGCGUCGAGAUGACGGGCUGUGGAAAGUUUGUGCGUUUCCUCAUGUUUGCCAUCAAUUUCAUUAUCUGGUCUGGUAGCAUAGCGAUAUUGGUGCUGGGCAUAUGGACAGUGGCAGACCGACCCUACUUGGAGAAGCUACUGGGUAGUGAGAUGUACAUGACGGCCGCCUACAUUCUCAUCGGUACUGGCUGCGUCAUUUUCUUCGUCUCCUUCUUGGGCUGCUUCGGUGCUCUCAGGGAGGUCAAGUGCAUGCUCCUCACAUACUUCAUCAUUGUUCUGCUGCUGUUCAUAAUCUUGCUGAUUGGCGGCAUCUUGGGCUACGUCUUCAAGGACAAGGCCAAGACUACUGUGAGAAAUGCUAUGGUCGUUGCCAUCAAGGAGUACAGAACAGACGAGGACUCACCCUUCACAGAGGCCUGGGACGAAACUCAGCAAGCGAUGAAAUGCUGUGCCAUAACAAAUCAAAAUGAAUGGGCAAAAAAUCCAGAGUUUUCAAUGUCGGAUAAAAAAGUCCCAAAGUCGUGCUGCAGAAAGGACGGGACCGCGGGAGAGUUGAUGGACUGCCAGAGAAACCCCGGAGAGGAUAAUUCCUACACGGAAGGUUGCUUCUCCAAGGCUAUAGAUUUCGUGGAGCGCCAUGCACUCAUAGUUGGCGGUGUUGGUAUUGCCGUCGCAGUCAUCAUGGUGCUUGGACUACUUUUAUCAAUUAUACUUUUCAAGAUGAUUGACUAGGUACAUCAGUAUCAGGGGUCCACGUGAUUGGAGAAGCAGCUUGCAAAAUAGUUAACUAUCCGAAUUAAGAUAUUUUGCAACCCGUCGAAGAUAGAAAUUCUCUACAACCCGUUGAAGAUAGAAAAUUUUCACAAGUGCUGAAAGUUGCAUUCUGUCCAAUCAUAAUAAUCAUCAAAGGUCAAUUAUUUAUUCAUGGAGUUUUAACUAGUUGGUUUUUGUAAUGCUGAAAUUUUUAAAAGUAGGUUACCCAUUCAUAAAUUUUGCAAAUGUAUUAGUUUAAUGUUUUGUUACUCGUAUCAGCAUGAAUGAAGAGUUUCCUGAAGAAUAAUUGACUUCAAAUUUAUACAUAUAAAGUUCCUGUUAUGUUAAAAAUAUUAAAGUUCACUUGGCAAUAUUUCACAAGACAGGUGUAACUUAGAAAUGCUCUAUUGUAUUAUAUACAUCCUUACAGUAAGUAAGGAUGUACUUACUGUAAUACAUCUAUUAGUGUCUUAUUGCGACUAAAAAUAUAAAUUGUCAUGCUCGAUAUACUUUGCAAUUCAAUACUAUCGUAAUUCAGUCAUGGGUACUGCCAAAUUAUCCUUUUUUGUAGCUUUUCCUCCCCAAAGUGUCAUACAGUAUAUGAUGCACAGUGGUAUGUGGUCAGUCUUUGGGAGUUUGUGUACUUCUGAAAAUAUUGACAAGACCCAUAGCCAAUUAAAAAAAUAUAUAUAUUUUUAAUAAUUUACACGACUACUUUUAUUUACUUUGAAAAUUUAAGUUUUUCAUGGUGUUCAGUAUUGUGACGUGCUGAGCAACUACAAUAGCAGUAUUGUGCGAACACGUAGACACGCCCCAAGAUUGUGAUGCACAGAACAGCAUCCGAGAAUCUCUCAUAAUCUAGGUAUUUUAAGUUUCUCGUUACAAUAUUGUUAAAAAAAAAUUUUUUAGUUCAAUUCUUUAUAUAUGCUGUAAACUGCACUAAAGAGAAAUUUGAAAAGAUUUUCUAUGGCAGUACUUGGUACUUACUAGUGUUUUAAAUUGUCUUCAAAACAUUUGGUGAUGAAUAUAGUUCAAAUGUUGCAAAAUUAUCACCCAAGAAUAUAACAUUUUUUGUCUGAAGUGCCUUGUAUAGUUAUCCACUGCCAUUUUUAGACAAGGUAUCAACGGCACAUUGAUUGCUCAAGCAAGCGCACGUGUCCAAUAUGUCACAAGAUUCCUUUUUUGUACGGUUGUCUUGAGGACAAACAUUGUAUAGUAAUUGCCCUUGUCUAAGGGGGAAAAAGCAAGCUGGAUUCCUAGGAGUUUUUAGUCAAUUGCUAUGGAACCAUGUACCUGCAUUUGUAAAUUUUAAACGGGUGUACCGAAAAGUUGUACGUAACAUUAUAGAUAAAAAUAUUCUAGCUGUUAAGCAUUAUUAAAGAAAUUUUUAUAUUGCUUGGCUGCACGCGAUUCCUAAUCAUAGGUUCGAGCAGGAGCCGACCCUCUUCUUGAAUCAUUAGUUCUCUACCGUAAGCUAAUUCUUAAUUGAAUACUUUGUGUGUAAUAGCUGCUAGUGGUCUUGUUAGGGACAGGAAGCCUGCAGUUUGAAUAUCUGUCAUGAGAAUUUUCUGGGUGUAUUUUAGAAUUGUAUAACAAAGGUUUUGUUGAAGGCUUUAUUCAGAUACCUGUACUGAAGUUAAAUAGUAAAUUUUAAAUUAUACAAUUGGUUUGAGUUGAACCAGAAGUGUGUUGUGGGGGCAGGGAGGACCAGGGAGGACCGGGCCCGCAGAGUGUACACUGUGUAAUAUUCGCUUUAGCACUUGUGAAAUUUUGGAGGAAUUGUCAACUUUUGGAGAGAUGAAUGUUAGUGGUUUUUACCAAGUGCAACAGUGGAAACUCUCUUCCUAGUGUGUGUGGUCAUCUCAAGUUUGCAAAUUUAUAGAUUUUUCAUUCAUAUAAUUCAUGAACAUUGCAUUAAAACAUACUACUAUAUGACCUUAUAAAUGUCAAAAUUUGCCAUGUAAUAAUAGUGUAAGGGGAUGUCUUUCCAAGUGCCAGUCUGGUGGAAAAUAUUAUUCCUCCUCUUGAUUCUCAUUGAAUUUGUGAUCAUAGUGUAGAAUCUCUUAAAACGGUGCAUUUUUUGUUUAUAUGCACAAAGGAAACUGGGAUCUCAUGUUUGAACAAAUCCAAUACUCUCUCAAAUUAGUCAUUAUAGUUUUCCAUAAGCCUUAUUUCUGCAAGCAUGUUGCUUCCGUACACAAGUGCUGAGAGUGCCUGGCAGUUGUACAUGAUGCUUGUGUAAUAAACAUGUUUAGAAAUUAAUAAUGUACUUCUUGUAUCCAUUAAUCCCAGAUGUAUCCUAAUCUGCUGGGAAUAAAGUACUUUAAUGAGUGCAUUUUAUUGUGGUACUGUAAUAUACAAGAGUAACACACUUCAUAACUUGGUUAUAUUAAAUAUCUGAACCAACAAUAUUAUAUACACUGUAACUGAUCAAUAAAAUAUUAGUCGAAUGUUCCAACUUGCUUUUUAUGAACACUUGGAAAAUGUUUAAAUUUUGAUAGGAUCCUAUAUCAGAGUUGGAUUGUAGGUGGAAGAUUGUAGGUUGAUAAAGAUGACGAAUUUAAGAUCUGUUGCCAUACUUUAAAUGUUCGAGUGUGAAGCUUACUUGUACUAAAGGUGGCUACAGACAAGAGUGUAAAAUUAAUGGUCGGUUAAUUUUAUGUGCAGUGUUAGUUUUUGCCAUGACAUAUUGCUAGAUUCAAUAGUGCAAAUGUGUAAAUACAAACUAAAAUUUACAUCUAAACAUUCCAAAAUGGUGCUGGUGUAAAAGUAUUUGUGCUGGUGCCUUGGGUAAACAGAGGCGUGUAAUUUUAUUAAUGUGUGGUGGAAUGUAACAUUGAUUUAAAAAAAAAAUGCUGUAGUUCAUAACAUGCUAUUUUAAUUGUUGUGCAAAAUGACAAUUACGGUUGCACCAUUUUAUUGAAUGUACUUUUUAAUACAGCAUAAUUCCCAAAGAUGCUGCUUUUAAUUUAAAUAAAAAUAUAUUUGGCAGAAGUCAAAGGUAAAGUUGCAUGAAUGGCAAUUUUUUUUUUUCAUAAGUUGAUUGUAACUAAAUAGGAAAUUGUGAAAUAAAUGUUAAAAUAAUUGAA